UUGACAUAAGAGAAUCUCAUCCUAUAAAACUUCACACAUCUGUCCUGAUUAAGGCAGAGUAGUGUACAGAUACUUCUGAGCCUUCUCCAGUAUGUCCAAACAAUAUGCCAAGAAACAGGCCCUGGAGAAGAGCAGAAACAUAGUUUCCAGGGACAAAGACAAGUCCAACACUAACUUAUUUUCCAAGCACCUGAAGAGAAUUUACCCCAUAGGCCUGCAAAGAACUUGCUCCGCUCUUUCGCUAUCGUCUUUAUCUUUAUCGUUAUCGCAGAAUUCAACUGAUUCUUCGUUAACGGAUUCUUCGACCCCAAUUGAUCAGAAAAUAUCGUUAGCCCUCCGCCUGAUCGCUCCUGCUUAACGAAGAGAGGCCCCUCUCCCGAAAAUAGUCCAGCAACCUAGUCCGAAUGUUCCUAGUGAGGAAGGAACAAGGAGGUGCAACUGGAUUACAAAAAAUAGUGAUAAGGUUUAUGUACAGUUUCACGACGAGUGCUGGGGAGUUCCGGUUUAUGAUGACAAUCAGUUGUUUGAGCUGCUAGCAAUGUGUGGAAUGCUUAUGGAUUUCAACUGGACUGAAAUCCUGAAAAGAAGAGAACUGCUGAGAGAAGCUUUUGCUGGUUUUGAUCCCAACAACGUUAGCAAAAUGGGUGAGAAAGAGAUUCUUGACAUAGCCUCCAACAAAGAACUAACCUUAGCAGAAAGCAGAGUUAGAUGCAUUGUGGACAAUGCAAAGUGCAUAAUAAAGGUUGCAAGGGAAUGUGGAUCAUUCAGCAGCUACAUGUGGGAAUAUGUGAGCUACAAACCAGUGAUCAACAAAUUCCGAUAUCCAAGAAACGUUCCGUUGAGGAGUCCAAAGGCAGAGAUCAUAAGCAAGGACCUGGUGAGACGAGGGUUCCGGUUCGUGGGGCCCGUUAUCGUGUACUCGUUCAUGCAAGCAGCUGGGAUGACGAUCGAUCAUCUCGUCGAUUGUUUCAGAUAUAAUGAGUGCGUGAAUCUUGCAGAAAGACCAUGGAGACAUGUCUGAAUCUGGCAAUAUAACUUAUAUAUAAGUUACAUCAUUAUUAUUAUUCUUUUAACUUAAGUGUUUUAAGGAUUAUGUGGUGGGGGAUUGCAAGAAACUGUUAUUUGCCUAGGUAGAUAGUAACAUAUUUAAUUUAUGAGAUAUAAGUUCAACUGUUCAAGUGAUGUAUCUACUGAAAUGUUUAUGCAAUAAAUUGGACUAGGCUCACUUUUGCUCCAUCUUUGUACCAAACUGUCUGGCAACCUAUGUUGGCCCAAAUAGAGGGCAUAC